AUCUUGACACUAAAGAUCAUGCUUUCACACAUUAAAGUUUGAAAAAAUAAACUUUUCAGUUGACCUCUAAUUAAAUUCUGCAAUACAUAAACCAGCUUCCUGAUCAUACAAUCAUCACCACUUCAAACUAAUUAACAAUGCCUUUCAAAAGCUUUAUGCUUUUACCUUUCCUGAUACUCGGUGUUCUAUCCGCAGAUUCCGUCUUGGAAGAUGAAGCAAACGCUUUAAAACAGUUCAAGAAUUUAAUCACUGAUGACCCAACUGAUGCACUCCUGGAUUGGAAUGCCGAUUCCAACCACCAUUGCAACUGGACUGGAAUCCAAUGCCAUAAUAUCACCAAACGUGUCGUUUCUAUUUCGAUUCAACAAACAUACCUCAAAGGCCAAAUCUCACCUUUUCUUGGAAACCUUUCCGGUCUCCAGGUUCUUGAUUUAUCUUAUAAUUUAUUCACUGGCAACAUUCCAUUCCAGUUGGGAUACUGCACACAACUUUCCAAGCUUAUUCUUUACACCAAUUCCCUCUCUGGUCCGAUUCCAUCAGAACUGGGAACACUACGGAAUCUGCAGACACUAGACUUGGGAAACAAUUCCAUCACUGGAAUCAUUCCAGGGAGUUUGUGUGAUUGCACUUCUUUGCUAGAACUUCAUCUCGAUUCCAACAGGCUUAACGGAACAAUCCCAGAUAGAAUUGGUAAUUUGGUCAAUCUUCAGUUUCUUGGAGCUUUUACAAAUCUUUUAGAAGGAUCGAUUCCUACAUCGGUUGGUCAACUAAAAGAGUUACAAGUGCUUAGUUUAGAUUCCAACAAGCUCAACGGUACAAUUCCAGAUACAAUUGGUGAUUUAGUCAGUCUUCAGUUUCUUAUAGCUUUUGAUAACCUUUUAGAAGGUUCAAUUCCUACCUCAGUUGGUAAACUGAAACAAUUACAAGUGCUUGCCUUGUAUCAAAACCAUAUAUCUGGUAUCAUUCCUACAGAGAUUGGAAACCUGUCAAGUUUACAACAACUUCUUUUGUUUGAUAACUCUCUCUCUGGAGAGCUUCCGACUUCGAUUGGUCAUUUGACAGAGCUCCAAACUAUUGAUAUAUGCCAAAACCAGCUUUCUGGUAUCAUUCCGACAGAGAUUGGGAAUUUGUCAAGAUUACAAACUCUUCAGUUAUUUGAAAAUUUUCUUUCGGGACAAAUACCAAGUGAAAUUGGUCGUUGCAAAAAUCUCACUCUUUUGAAUCUAUACACGAACAAGCUCACUGGAAGCAUUCCCGGUGAGAUCGGAAAUCUUCAGGAAUUAGAAUUCUUGCGGUUAUACAAUAAUCAACUGAAUUCCACAAUCCCAAGAACGUUGUUUCAGUUGAAAUCAUUAAUUAAUUUGCAACUGUCGCAGAAUAAUCUAAGCGGGAAUGUUUCUUCAGAGAUUUCUUCACUGGAAUCCCUGAAGAGAUUGACCCUUCAUAAUAACAAGUUUACUGGUGAAAUUCCAGCAUCAAUAACCAGGUUAGUCAAUUUGAAUAUCUUGACAUUGAGCUCAAACUUUCUCACAGGACCAAUUCCUUCAAGCAUUGGCUCUCUUUAUAAUCUCCAAACGCUGACGAUGCAGCAUAAUUCUUUUUUCGGGCCAAUCCCACGAGAAACUGGAAACUUAACUAGUUUGGUGGUGUUAGAUCUUGGGCAAAACCAACUUUCAGGCACCAUCCCUAUAGAAAUCUCAAAAAUUUCUUCUCUUCAACGCCUUUCAGUUGGUGAUAAUAAUCUAGAAGGUCGGAUUCCUGAUAAACUUUUUGAGCUUAAACAGCUCACUGAACUCUACUUGAUGAACAACAAAUUUGAGGGUACAAUUCUGAAUUCUGUUUCAAGGCUCAAGAUGCUUUCUCUGUUGGAUCUCAGCAGAAACAGGUUUAACGGGUCAAUUGAGGAGGGUAUGACAAAACUGAACCGGUUGCUUUCAAUAGACCUGUCUCACAACUUUUUCGCUGGAUCGAUUUCACGGACAGUGAUUUCAAGUAUGAAGAAUAUGCAGAUAUAUCUCAAUUUCUCAAACAAUUUUCUUACAGGAACUAUCCCAAAUGAGUUUGGGAAGAUGGAGAUGGUGCAAGCCAUUGAUAUCUCAAACAAUAAUCUGUCAGGAGGUAUCCCGGUAACAUUUCAGAACUGCAGAAACCUGCAGAGUCUUGAUUUGUCAAGAAAUCAGCUUUCUGGUGGCAUCUCUAACGAAAUAUUCCCUACUCUUGGCGAACUUUCUUAUAUAAAUUUCUCAAGAAAUCAAUUGGAUGGAAAGAUCCCAGAAAGCAUGGCGAAUCUCACACUUCUUACUUCGGUUGAUCUUUCACAAAACAAAUUCAAUGGCACGAUUCCUGAAGACUUUGGCAACAAUGUGGCCUUAAAACGCCUCAAUCUCUCGUUCAAUAACCUUGAAGGACGUGUUCCCGAUAUGGGAAUUUUCAAAAACUCUAGCGCAAUCGGAUUACUUGGAAAUCCGUCUUUGUGUGUUACCAACGAUACCAAGUCAUGCGCCUUCUCAACUCAAUCAAAUCGUUCACAUCAAAUAUCAAGAAAAGCCGUAUUGAUUAUUGCAAUACUCGGAUCUCUAGCGUUGCUUCCUGUACUGUUUUUGGGAAUUUUGUGUUAUCGUCAUGUCCAAAAAUCGAAAGUUAAACAAUCUGAGGAUACAGAACCAGAAUACACCCGACGGGCCACUCUCAAAAGAUUUGACAGAAAAGAACUUGAAGAUGCUACCAAUGGAUUCAGUGAAAGUAAUAUUCUCGGUACAAGCAGUUUAAGCACAGUGUACAAGGGUACACUAACAGAUGGAAGGAUGAUAGCAGUGAAGAAUUUGAAUUUCACUGAGUUUUCAGCAGAAUCUGAUAAGAGCUUCAACAAAGAAAUGAACACAUUAGCAAAAUUGAGGCAUAGAAAUUUAGUGAAAGUUCUUGGUUUUGCAUGGGAGAGUGGAAGACUAAAGGCUGUGGUUCUCGAAUUCAUGGAAAAUGGUAAUCUGGAUACGGUUAUACAUGAUUCUGGGACCGAUCGAUCAAGAUGGGAUCUUUCCGAGAGAGUUGACGUUUUGAUUUCAGUUUCAAGAGGACUUGUUUAUUUACAUUCCGGAUACGAUUUCCCUAUAGUUCACUGUGAUUUAAAGCCUUCUAAUAUACUUUUGGAUGAAAAAUGGGAUGCUCAUGUUAGCGACUUCGGGACAGCUCGGAUUCUGGGAGUUCAUAACCAGGAUGGAAGCAGUGUUUCUUCUGCAUCAGCAUUUCAAGGCACCAUUGGUUACUUGGCACCAGAGUUUGCAUAUAUGAGAAAUGUGACAACAAAAGUGGAUGUAUUUAGCUUUGGAGUAAUAAUUAUGGAAUUUAUCACUAGAAAAAGACCAACAGGACUCCCUGAAGACGAUGGAAUCCAAAUCACUUUGCCACAGUUGAUAGAACAAGCACUUUCAAAAGGAAUGAAUGAGCUGAUUGAAGUUGCAGAUCCUGAUUUGGCUUCCGAUUUUGCCACAAAAUACGGCGUUGUAGAACAGAUUCUUCAGCUGGCUUUAUGCUGCACUCAAACAGAUCCAGAUGAUCGGCCAGACAUGAACGAAAUCUUAUCUUCACUUACAAAGAUCAGCAAGAAAGUGUAGUUAGGGUUUUAAAUUUAACAUUUCAAACCACCAACUCAUAUUCAUCCAAAUGAGUUUUUAAUAACAAGUUUCAUUUCAAGAUUCUUGUACUUUUAUAGUUGUUUGAGAGCAUUCCUUUGAUUUCAACAAUAUGCCAUGAAGAGUAUUUACUUUCCCAA